UUUAAAACCUCGGCCUCCUUCCCCACUCGAUCCCCAACCCCCCACAGCUGUCUCCGCUCCACCAAUCUAUCCGUCGCCCGUCCCGCCGCGCCCGCAUUCUCCACCCUCCCCGGCGGCGAGCCCCCGCCCCUCCCUCCUCUGCUCCGUCGCCUCCGGGAGCAUCGUCGCGCGCGACCCUCGCGGGAGUCGCGGCGGCCCGUUUCCCGAUCGGAGCGCUCUCCGCCCUAGGGUUUUGGGGGCCGGCCAUGGACCCGAUGGAGCAGCCGGAGCCCGAAGUCGCGGGCCACUACUACGCCCUCCAGGUGGGCUCCUACUUCCUGACGGGAUACUACAACGUCCUGACGAACCAGCCGCACCUGGCGAGCCAGUUCUACACGAACAGGAGCAGCGUCGUCAGGCUGGACUGCGAGACGGGGCAGUGGUCUCUUGGAGAGACGGUGGAGGUUAUCAAUGAUAUGAUGAUGUCCAUGAAUGUAACCAAGGUUGAAGUUAAAACAGCAAAUUUCUUGGAGUCAUGGGGUGCGGCGAUCACACUGCUGGUCACUGGCCUAGUGCAAUUGAAGGACUACCCUGUUCGCAAGCGAUUCGUUCAGAAUAUUGUUCUUGCUCCAAAGAAAGAUGGGUAUUAUAUAUUCAGUGACAUCUUUAAGCUCAUCUGUGAUGAGUAUGGUGAUCAGUACCAUGUUUCUGAUUACAAUUGUGCUGACAACCUGCCCCAAGUGGAUGCUUCUUAUACAAUGGCUGAAACAGGGUCUGAUUAUUUGGAUGGAGAACCUCAGGAGGUUGUAGCUCCUGCUCAAAAUCAUGUGCAACAGCAAGAUCCUUCUGAGUAUAAGGCUGAGAAUGUGAUCUACGAGGAAACUCAUUCAGAAGAGCAUAUGCCCUCAUUCCCCAGUUCAACAGAUGUUAAACAGGAUUCGCCUCUUGCUCCCCACCCUCCUUCCCCGCCUACCCCCGAAGAACCUGUGGAAGAAGCACCUAAAACAUAUGCUUCAGUGUUGCGAACAAAAGCGAAGGCCACAAUGGGGACUGCAGAGUCACAACAGGCUCAACAGUUGGCUCAGCAGGUGCAAACUGUCCCGGUGCAUGAAAAAUCUAACUCGGACAACAACCGGGUUGUUAGCACCCCUGAUGAUGAAGAAGAGUUUAUUUCAGUUUAUGUUGGGAAUCUUUCGCCAUCUACUUCAGUCUUUGAUCUUGAGAAGGUGUUUCAGGCUUUUGGAAGAAUUAAACCUGACGGAGUUGCUAUCCGAAGCCGCAAGGAGGCUGGAGUCUUCUUUGGCUUUGUUGAGUUUGAAGACAUGUCUGGUAUUCAGAAUGCUUUAAAUGCAUCGCCGAUAGAAUUGAACGGUCGUUUAGUACAUGUUGAGGAGAGGAGGCCUAACUGUGGAUUCCCAAGUGCCAGAAGACGGGGUCGAGGAAAGGACCAAGCUGGUGGACGAUAUGACGGGGAGUACCCUACUCGAUCGAAGGGAACCGGGUACCAGAAAAAGGGUGGACGCCAGUAUGACAGCUACUACUAGUUUUGUACUUGCUCUGCUGGUGGAUGGCCAUGUGCCGUUGGUGUUCUCUACCUGGUGCGGUUCUGGCCAUAGUUUUGCCGAAAGUCACAAUGGUGUGGAGACUAGCAUUUCUGCUUUUGCUGACAUUGAGCAGAGUCGUUUUUGGGGAUGGGCUUCUGUUGCCGUUUUGUUGCGUCAUAGUAGUUUUUGCGCCUCAGCUACAGUGACCUGUUAAAAUGUUGAUCAUGCUGUCGCCCCGAUUGGUGUCUUUUGAAAACACAGUAGAAGUUUUGACAAAUGUUAGCGAACAGUUUCAGUGUUCCCCCUGGGUUGUUCGGAGUGUUAAUAGGUGGUGAGCUUGAAUUCUCA